CGCUUCGACGUGGAGCAUACGUCGUGAGAGCUGUCUUUCGAGUUCAUUUAUUCGAGUUUCAAGAAUCUCCAGCUCCUGUGGUUGUGGAGGUCGAUUUUUCUCUUCUGGAGUUAGUGAGAGGACUGGAGUUAAGGCUACCGCUGGACCAUAUCCUGAAUAUCAUCCUUGGCCCUUUUUUCAAGGAGAAAAAGGGACCAGGGAGGUUCUCGGGGAUGCGAGCGCGGUAGCUCUAAUGGAGAGAAGGGACAUCUACGUGCCAAUUCCGGAAGAGUGGAUCGUGUCUGGGGCUCUAAACCGAUCAAACGUCGGAGGUCCUCCAGAUAUUACUCUAUGCUACGAGGAGGUUGAAUUCACAGAAAUCCAAUCUACUCACCAAUUAUACCUCCAACAAGUAAACCCUCGGUCUAAAGAUUUGUGAAGAAUGUAUUUCUUCCUCUUCGUGUUUCAAGCAGUCUUUUUAAUAUUAUCCCAAAAAUCGAGUGUGAAAGUGAGUGCGUCGAUGUUUCACGUAACGGUAACAAGAGUAAAGGACCUUUUAUUUUCUCGAUGUCGAUCUACCUCAUGCUAGCUACGUGGUACACGAAUGAAUAUUAAGUUAUGAUCUUCAUAGGACCUGUUUUUUUUAUCAACCACCAUUUUUUUUUCUGUACCUGCUUGUGACCUAAUUAUCAUUAU